AUGCCACGGUUUCUGAAUCUUUUAAGUAAAGAUCCACUCGCUAUUUUAAAGGAUGAUUCCAAAAUAUCAGAUUACUGUUUGGAUGCUGUGAAACAGUACAUAGAUUUUGUCAUAAAGGAGCAACUUGGCGAUGAAACCUCUUUACAAGGGCCUAUUGAUGAAAUCACCAUCGAUGGAUUAGAUUCUAAUCAAGUGUGGCUGCAAACAAAGUUAGUUCUGCACAACCUUGAACCUGAUCUGAUGGAAAGUAUCGGGAAAUAUAGAAGUGAAAUUGGAGCGGUACGCGAUGAGCCCAACGAAAGCCAAAAUGAUACCAGUGAGAUCGAAGAAAGCGCAAUCUCUGGAACUAACGAAAUGAACCAUUCAGAUUUUGAAGAAGAGGUGGUUGAAGACCAAAGUUCUGAAGGAGAGGAUCGAGACUCCGAUGAUGAUGAAUCUGCGGAUGAAUCAUCUUUUGAAAAUCCCAACGACGACGCUGAAAAUCGUUUGAUCGGCCCCAAAACGAAUCAAGAGGAAGUAGGAGAUAUUAAAGGGGUUGAAAGUGGAAACCCUCUUCAAACAGACGUACAGGGUGUUAACGACAACUUUUUUGACUUAGAUGAAUUCAACAGGCAGACUUUGAGAGCGGAAGAAAAUGAUGACCUUGCCGAUAGCGAUGGCGAAGAAGUUGACUUUUUCGUGGACAUGAACUCUGAUGAUGAUGAGGGUGCGAUCUAUUAUGAUGAUUUCUUCGAUAAACCAGCAAGCCGAAGAUCUGGACUGCAGGAACCAAAGCCGCUGGUCAGUGAUGAAAUGGAAGAAGUUACUGAUGAGAAUAUGGAUGAAAUAGUUGACACAACGAAAAAGGACUUGUUCGCAGAUGAAGAGAAUGAAGAGUCUGACCAUGGUGUCAAUGACAUCAAGGAUUCGUCUAAGUUGUCGACAUUUCAGCGCCAACAGCUUCAAAUUCAAAAACAGAUAACUCAACUCGAGAAGGAAGCAAUUGCCGACAAGAAAUGGGCCUUGAAGGGUGAAGUCCGAGCACAUGACCGUCCUGAUGAUGCUUUGCUCACAGAAGACCUAGAGUUCGAACGAACAUCGAAGCCCGUUCCUGUCAUCACUUCUGAAAUUACCGAAUCUCUCGAAGAUUUGAUAAGGAGAAGAAUAAAAGAGGGAAAUUUCGAUGAUCUGGAGAAAAGAGUUGUAUCAAUAUCGGCUGUGCCCUCGAAAGAACGGAACUUUGAGUUGAGUGAUGCUAAGUCGUCUAAAUCACUGGCAGAACUUUACGAGGAUGAUUACAAGGGAAUAUCUAAAGAAGAAGAAGUUUCGGAGACAUUGAAACUAGCCCAUGAUGAGAUUGAGGGUCUUUAUAAAGGCUUGGUUUAUCAGUUGGACGCUUUAGCCUCUGCUCAUUUUAUCCCUAAACCAGUGCAAAAAUCUCUGGAAGUAAGGUCACAAUCGGCGGCAAUAAAUAUGGAAGAUGCCCAGCCGCUCACAAUGUCCGCUGCUUCCACAUUGGCUCCUCAAGAAGUGUACGCCACUGCCUCGCGGCGUGAAGAAAACGAAAUCUCAUUAAAGAAUGGUAUGAUAUUAUCGAAAGAAGAGUUGUCAAGAGAAGAUAAGAACAGACUUCGUCGGGCUGCCAAAAGGAAGAGAAGCAAAACUCACGCAGACAGAGGCGCAAAGAAAAGCAAGAAGGGAGAUGUCUUGGACACUUUGGCUGCUGCUAAGAAUGUUACCUUAAUUGACCGAAAAGGUGAGAAGCGCGAUGCCAAAGGAAACUUAAAGAAAGAUUCUUCGAGCAAAACUGGAAACUAUAAAUUAUAA